UAUGACUUUCCCCGGGAAGACGAUUUGGCGCGGACUUAUCUGUUGUGUGUGCUCCUGCAGCUGUCAGCGAGAAAUUGGCCAGAAAAUAAUAAUAGGUCGUCAUGUCUCCUGUUUCCAAUCCUGAGAAAGACAUGGACGUCCCGGACGGAGGUGAGUUUCUUGUUGAUGAUGCCGGAACCUGCAGUCUGGCCAAGUCUCGCUCCAGACGUGAGAAGAGAGAAAAGACGGGAAGAAAAUCAGCACUAGAGCAGUUGAAAAAAGCCAAACAGGGCGAGAAGAUCAAAUAUGAGGUGGAAGAGUUCAGCAGUGUGUAUGAGGAGGUGGACGAAGUGGAGUACUCCAAGAUGGUGAGGGAUAGACAAGAGGACGACUGGAUCAUUGAUGAUGAUGGAACAGGGUAUGUGGAGGACGGUCGAGAAAUCUUUGACGAUGAUUUAGAUGAUGACGUUGUUGAGAAAAGCAAAGGCAAAGCAGAUCCCAAAGGUGCCUCAAAGAAAAAUGUGAAGAAGGCAGUUGUUGCAAAACCCAACAGUAUUAAGAGUCUUUUCAUGAACAGUAACGUCAAGAAGCCAGCAGAGAAAGAUGUAGAUUUGUCCAAGGAUGAUCUCUUGGGGGAUAUCUUACAGGACCUUCAUUCUGAGAAAUCGUCUGCACUUACUCCUCCCCCUGUAGUUACUCUGAAGAAAAAGAAAUCUGUUGGGUCGCCCAUGAACCCAUUUUCAGUUAAAUCACAGACACCAAAGGCACCGCCACCAGCUACAGGGUUGAAGGCCAAAGUGAUCAAGCCGCCACCAUCUGACCAAUUGACUGUCAAACGAGCAGCAGUUUCUGCACCUUCUCCUCAUGUAGAGAUAAAGACACCCGCGGUAGAGGAGCUGGAGAAACAUGAAGAUGAUGUGUUUGAUGGGAUGGACUUUGAUGAGCCGAUGGAAGUCGAGGAGACGUCUUCCGUGAAAGAGGCGGAGCUGGACCCAGCACCCGUCGUACCUGCUGUUAAAGUAGAGCCCAAGGAGGAGCCUCUGGACCCUGUUCUCCUAAGGGCUAGCAGUGCUUGGGGCCAAGAGGAGGAAGGGUUAGUCUGUGAAGCUCCUGCAGAAAUCCAGGUGGACUCCAGUAAGCUUCCUCUCGUGGAAGGAGCGGAUGGGGAGCAGGUCUUUAGAUUUUACUGGUUGGACGCCUUUGAAGACCAAUUUAAUCAGCCAGGUGUGGUGUAUCUGUUCGGGAAGGUGUGGAUUGAAUCGGCCAAGUCUCAUGUCAGCUGCUGCGUGUCUGUCAAGAACAUCGAGAGAACCAUGUACAUCCUGCCACGAGAAUUUAAAGUGAAUCCCAAAACUGGUGCGGUGUCGAACACACCUGUUGGAAUGAUGGACGUCUACCAGGAGUUUAAUCAGCUCUCAGAAAAGUUCAAGAUCAUGAAGUUCAAGUCCAAGAAAGUGGAGAAGAAUUACAGUUUUGAAAUUCCUGACGUACCCUCUCAAUGCGAGUAUCUUGAAGUCAGAUAUUCGGCUGACUUUCCAGCAUUGCCAUCUGACCUCAAGGGGGAGACAUUCUCCCACGUUUUUGGUACCAACACCUCCAGCCUGGAGCACUUUCUGCUGAGCAGGAAGAUUAAAGGCCCAUGCUGGUUGGACAUAAAGGCACCGCAGCUGAUUGGGCAGCCGAUCAGCUGGUGUAAGGUAGAGGCGUUGGCCUUGAGAAGUGACCUGGUCACGGUGGUAAAGGACAUCGCUCCUCCACCACUCACUGUCAUGUCCAUCAGCCUAAAGACCGUCCAGAACCCCAAGACGCAUCACAAUGAGAUAGUUUCUUUGGCUGCUCUGAUACACUACCAGUUCCAAAUGGACAAAGCUCCACCACAGCCGCCGUACCAGACCCAUUUCUGUGUGAUCAGCAAGCCUGUGGACUGUAUCUACCCUUAUGACUUUAUGGACACAUUGAAGAAAAAGAAUGGUAAAGUAGAGAUGGCAGCUUCAGAGCGAACACUUCUGGCUUUCUUCCUGGCUAAGAUGCACAAGAUUGACCCUGAUGUCCUCGUGGGCCAUGACAUUUUCGGAUUUGACCUGGAAGUUAUUCUGCAGCGCAUUAACUUCUGCAAGGUUCCUCACUGGUCCAAGAUGGGGCGGCUGCGGAGGGCCACCAUGCCCAAAUUAGGGGGUCGUGGUGCUUUUGCAGAAAAAAGUGCCACCUGUGGUCGCCUUGUGUGCGAUGUGGAGAUCUCUGCCAAGGAGCUGAUUCGAUGUAAAAGCUAUAAUCUGACAGAACUGACGGCACAGCUGCUGAAGAUGGAGCGAAUCACUAUCCCGCAAGAAAACAUUAAGAAUCUCUACAGUGACUCCCCACACUUGCUUUACCUCUUGGAGAUGACCUGGACUGAUGCCAAGCUCAUCCUGCAGAUCAUGUGUGAACUCAACGUUCUCCCUCUGGCCUUGCAGAUUACAAAUAUCGCUGGCAAUGUGAUGUCUCGAACCCUGAUGGGAGGUCGCUCUGAGAGGAACGAGUUCCUGUUGCUUCAUGCCUUCCAUGACAAGAACUACAUUGUUCCUGAUAAACCCUCCUUCAAAAAGUUCCAGACGGAGACGUUUGACGGAGACGAGGAAGUGGAUGCGGGGAAAGGAAAAAGGAAAAAGAAAGCCGCCUAUGCUGGAGGUCUGGUGCUGGACCCGAAAGUUGGCUUCUACGACAAGUUUGUGCUCCUUUUGGACUUCAACAGUCUGUAUCCAUCCAUCAUACAAGAGUUCAACAUCUGCUUCACCACAGUGGAGCGCGAAGCGUACAACUCUCAAAAGAAGAAUCAGCAGGAAGAUGAUCCCGAAGAGAUACCUGAGAUUCCAGACUCGGGCCUGGAGAUGGGAAUUCUUCCCAAAGAAAUCAGGAAGCUUGUGGAGCGUCGCCGACAUGUUAAACAGCUCAUGAAACAACAGGACAUCAACCCAGACCUUUACCUGCAGUAUGACAUCCGACAGAAGGCUCUGAAGCUGACUGCUAACAGCAUGUAUGGCUGUCUGGGGUUCAGCUACAGCCGCUUCUAUGCCAAACCACUGGCUGCCUUGGUCACACACAAGGGCCGAGAGAUUCUGAUGCACACCAAAGACAUGGUUCAGAAGAUGAACCUCGAGGUUAUCUAUGGAGAUACAGACUCCAUUAUGAUCAACACCAAUAGCAAGUCACUGGAGGAGGUCUAUAAGCUGGGAAACAAGGUGAAGGCCGAAGUCAACAAGUUGUACAAACUCCUGGAGAUAGACAUUGACGGUGUGUUUAAGUCACUCUUGCUACUGAAGAAGAAGAAGUACGCAGCGCUGGUGGUGGAGCAACACGGUGAAGGGCGGUACAGUCUCAAGCAGGAGCUCAAAGGUUUGGACAUUGUCCGCAGAGACUGGUGUGACCUGGCUAAAGAGUGUGGCAACUACGUGAUUGGUCAGAUCCUGUCAGACCAGAGUCGUGACAUCAUUGUAGAGAACAUACAGAAGCACCUACUGGAGGUGGGAGAGAAGGUGGCAAGUGGAGCCGUUCCACUCAACCAGUAUGAGAUACACAAGGCACUGACGAAGGAUCCUCAGGACUAUCCAGACAAGAAAAGUCUCCCUCACGUCCAUGUUGCUCUGUGGAUCAACUCCCAGGGAGGCCGACGAGUGAAAGCUGGUGAUACUGUCUCCUAUAUUAUUUGCAAGGAUGGUUCCACACUGGCCGCUAGUCAGCGAGCUUAUGCUCUAGAGCAGCUCCAGAAGCAGGAAGGUCUAGAGCUGGACACCCAGUAUUACCUGGCCCAACAGAUCCAUCCUGUGGUGUCCAGAAUCUGUGACCCCAUCGAGGGUAUUGACAAUGUGCUGAUCGCUACUUGGCUAGGACUUGAUCCCAGUCACUUCCGCUCCCAGCAGCAGCAUCAGAGGGAGGACGAGGCAGACGGAAUGCUGGGGGCGCCGGUCCAGCUGACAGAUGAGGAGCGUUACAAAGACUCUGAGAGGUUUACCUUCACCUGCCCACAGUGCGGCACUGACAACAUCUACGACAGUGUGUUUGAAGGAGCUGGUUCGAAGCUGGAGCCCAGCUUGAUGCAGUGCUGUCACAUCCCCUGUGGUAGCCGCCCCAUUGACUACGCCGUCAACAUCAGCAAUAAACUGCUGCUUGACAUCCGUCGCCACAUCAGGAAAUACUACUCUGGUUGGCUGGUUUGUGAGGACCAGGCCUGCCAGAACAGGACACGGCGUUUGCCCAUUGCCUUCUCUCGUCAUGGACCGAUCUGCCCCAGCUGCACCAGGGCCACUCUCCGACCGGAGUAUUCAGAGAAGGCGCUCUACAACCAGCUCUGCUUCUACAGAUUCAUCUUUGACUGGGAUCAUGCUGUCAACAAGGUUCUUCAAACGGAUGAGAAAAAUCGUAUGGGCCGCUUGAACAAAGAGAAGGAGGUGUAUCGGAAGCUGAAGGAAGUGUCGGACCGAGCUCUCUCCACCAGCGGCUACUCAGAGAUCAACCUGGCCAAGCUCUUCCAGUCCUUCUCCUCGCUCAAGUAAAGCACAGAAGUGAGAGCGCAGCAUUUCCCUGUUUAUCUCCACCUGUUUUUUUGGAUUCGGAACUCUUCAGGCCUGGUUAGGCGUCUCUGACCUCCAUAUCUCUGAGCUAAACGGUCCUGGUUAUGGGACUUGAAACCCAAUCACGCCGUCUCUCCUUCACUGUCUUCACUGCCUCUCGACCUGACCACCAUCAUUCUGGCUGCAUGGUAAAGAGGGGCAGCAAUCACACCUAAAUGGCUGUCUCUUGUGUGUGUGUGUGUCUGCAGGUGUGUGCGGUGAUUGUGUGGGGGUGAGCAAGGCUUGUUCGUCGCGCAGGCACGAUUUCACGAAAGCUGCUAAUUUGCUAAUGAUAGUGACCUAAGCCAUUAAGACCGCUAGAGCCCUGCCGUGAUCUCGGACACUCGCUCUGAUUACCUCCAUUCAUUCGCUGCGUGUUCAUGUGUGCGUGCGUGUGUGUGUCAAAGCAGCGGAUGAACCAGGCGUGAGGAGGAUGCUGGGUAUGACUGAGCUGCGGAGGACACACGCGCUGCUCCCUCCGUCUUUUGUGUCGGCAUCGAACAAGCUAAUCUCUCUUCUCUUCGCCGACUCUGUUUAACCGAUGUCAUUUCUUCUCAUUCUCUCGUCUCCUCCUCCUCCUCCGCCGCGCUCAUUGUGUUUUAUCCUCUUCUUAUGCCACUGACUUGUGCUCCUUUCUAUUCGUUGGAGAAUUGGUUUGAUAUUCAUGUCAACUGUUUUGAUAUUGUCAUAAUAAAAAGUGUUUUA